GUUCUUCUUCAUCAUCUGCUCAUGAGAAUGUCUCCUGAGUUGAGUUUGAGGAAUUUAAAAAGUGUUUAUCUGUUGUUGUCAGCCAGCAAGGGAUUCUUAUGAAAUCUGUUGCUGAGAUGAACAAGAAGCUGGACAUUCUUAUUGAGUCAUCCCAAGGUGGUCUUACUCACAAUGGAUCUCAGUCUGAAGAUGCUCUUCGUACUUCAGAAAAUGAGGAUGAUGAAGAUUCCACUUCGGAGGAAGACGAGGAUGAUAAAUUCGACGAUGAUAAAGGAGAUGAUCAUCAUGACGAUGAAACUGAUGAUGAUGAUGAUGAUGAUCUGGGUGGAGAUGGUGUUGGUGCUGGUCAGGAUGAGGCUCACACGGGCGAUGUUCGUAACGAUAAGGGUGUUGUUGUCCCCGAGGUUGUUUCGAGGGAUGAUGAUACCGGCAAGAUGGAUGAUGCCAAGAAUUCUGACCCUGUGGAACCUAUUGCAGAGAUCAAACAUGUGUAUUUAUUGUUUGGACAUCAUUUUUUUUGUGCUUUUUUGUGUGGAUUUCUGUGUUUUGUGUUUGUUUUAAUAGUUUUUUACUGUUUUUUUUUGUUAUCAGCCUGAACAGUCUCAAGGUGGGGAGGACAACAUUGAUGUUGAUGCAACAAUUGCAUCUGCUGUUAAAGCUGUGGAGAAUUUGGUUUGUGUUUCUGUUUUUUUUUUUUUGUAAUUUGUAUUUAUAUGGUAUUCUAUUGUUGUUUUUAUG